AUGGCGACCAACGGACACGGCCCUGCCACCAAUGGCACCAAUGGCACCCGGACGGUCCCCCAGACCAACGGCAAGGCCUCCUAUGCUGAGAAGCACAGGAUCGCAGACCACUUUAUUGGUGGUAACAAGCUUGAGAAUGCCCCCCCUUCUCAAGUCAAGGACUUUGUGGCUCUCCACGAUGGUCACACGGUCAUUACCAACGUAUUGAUUGCCAACAACGGUAUCGCUGCCGUCAAGGAGAUUCGAUCGGUACGGAAAUGGGCCUACGAGACAUUUGGCGAUGAAAAGGCCAUUCAGUUUACCGUCAUGGCCACCCCCGAAGAUUUGGCAGCCAACGCCGACUACAUCAGAAUGGCCGACCACUACGUCGAAGUGCCCGGUGGCACAAAUAACAACAAUUAUGCAAACGUCGAGCUGAUUGUUGAUAUUGCCGAGCGCAUGAACGUACACGCCGUGUGGGCCGGAUGGGGCCAUGCCUCUGAAAACCCCAAACUGCCAGAGUCUUUGGCAGCCUCGCCAAAGAAGAUUGUCUUUAUUGGACCCCCGGGUUCUGCCAUGCGCUCUCUUGGUGACAAGAUUUCCUCCACAAUCGUCGCACAACACGCAAAAGUUCCUUGCAUACCAUGGUCUGGAACCGGUGUGGAUCAGGUUGAGAUUGAUGAGCAUGGCAUCGUGACUGUCGAGGACGACAUUUACCUCAAGGGUUGCGUCAGCUCGUGGGAAGAGGGUCUCGAAAAGGCCAAGGAGAUUGGCUUCCCCGUCAUGAUCAAGGCUUCCGAGGGUGGUGGUGGCAAGGGUAUCCGAAAGGCCAUGUCGGAAGACGGCUUUGAGCAGCUGUACAAGGCUGCGGCAAGCGAGAUUCCCGGCUCUCCCAUCUUCAUCAUGAAGCUUGCUGGAAACGCAAGACAUUUGGAGGUCCAAUUGCUUGCUGACCAGUACGGCAACAACAUUUCCCUCUUUGGCAGAGAUUGUUCCGUUCAGCGAAGACACCAAAAGAUUAUCGAAGAGGCCCCAGUCACGAUUGCCAAGCCCCCUACCUUCAAGGGUAUGGAGGAUGCUGCCGUCCGUCUGGGCAAGCUCGUCGGUUACGUCUCUGCCGGUACUGUCGAGUACUUGUACUCGCACGCCGACGACCAGUUCUACUUUCUCGAGCUGAACCCCCGUCUGCAAGUCGAGCACCCUACCACGGAAAUGGUCAGUGGUGUCAACCUGCCCGUCGCCCAGCUCCAGAUUGCCAUGGGUAUCCCGCUGCACAGAAUCCGUGACAUUCGUUUGCUGUACGGCGUCGAUCCCAAGACUGCCACUGAAAUCGAUUUCGAGUUCAAGACCCCCCAGAGCGAAAAGACCCAGCGCAAGCCCGUGGCCAAGGGUCACUGUACUGCCUGUCGUAUCACUUCCGAGGAUCCCGGUGAGGGUUUCAAGCCUUCCAACGGUGUCUUGAGAGACCUCAACUUUAGAUCCAGCGCCAACGUCUGGGGUUACUUUUCCGUCAGUACCGCUUCCAGUAUCCACAGUUUCUCCGACUCUCAAUUCGGUCACAUUUUCGCCUAUGGUGAGAACCGUGCUGCUUCCCGAAAGCACAUGGUUGUGGCCCUCAAGGAGCUGAGCAUUCGUGGUGACUUCAAGACGACCGUCGAGUACCUGAUCAAGCUGCUCGAGACGGAAGCCUUUGAGGACAACACCAUCACCACUGGCUGGCUGGAUGAGCUCAUUACCACCAAGCUGACUGCUGAGCGCCCUGACCCCAUGCUCGCCGUCAUUUGCGGUGCCGUGACCAAGGCCCACAUUGCCAGCGAGGAAUGCAUCACCGAGUACCGUGCCGGUCUCCUCAGAGGUCAGGUUCCCUCCAAGGAUAUCCUCAAGACCGUGUUUGGCAUUGAUUUCAUCUACGAGGGCUCUCGCUACAAGUUUACCGCCACCAGGGCAAGCUUUGACAGCUACCACCUCUUUAUCAAUGGCUCCCGCUGCAUUGUUGGCAUUCGUGCCCUCAGUGACGGUGGUCUCCUGGUUCUCGUCGACGGCCGCAGUCACAGCGUCUACUGGAAGGAGGAAGUUGGCGCCACGCGUCUCUCGGUCGACGGCAAGACUUGCUUGCUCGAGCAGGAGAAUGACCCGACCCAGCUCCGAACUCCCAGUCCCGGUAAGCUCGUCAAGUACACGGUCGAGAAUGGCGAACACGUCAAGGCUGGCCAGACCUAUGCCGAGGUCGAGGUCAUGAAAAUGUUCAUGCCCCUCGUUGCCCAGGAGGAUGGUAUCGUCCAGCUCAUCAAGCAGCCUGGUAUUACCAUUGAGGCUGGUGACAUUCUGGGUAUACUUGCUCUCGAUGACCCUACCCGCGUCAAGCAGGCCACUCCCUUCCUGGGCCGCCUCCCCGACCUUGGUCCUCCUCAGGUCAUUGGAAACAAGCCCGCUCAGCGAUUCGGUACUCUGUACAACACUCUGAGCAACAUUCUCGAUGGUUUCGACAACUCUGCCAUUAUGAAGGAGACUCUCGACGAGACCAUCAAGGUGCUGCGCGACCCCGAGCUGGCCUUUGGUGAAUGGAACUCGCAGCACUCGGCCCUGCACUCUCGCAUGCCCGGAAAGCUCGACACUCUGCUGCAGCAGGUUCUUGACAAGGCCAGAUCGCGUGGUGCAGAGUUCCCCGCCAAGGCCUUGUACAAGACGCUCAACAAGUACCUCGACGACAACCUGUCUGCUGGCGAUGCCGACCUCCUGAGAGCCGCUCUGGCUCCGCUCACUGCAGUCCUGGACGUCUACGUUGACGGCCAAAAGGCCCGCGAGCUCAAGGCCAUUGCUUCGCUCCUCGACAAGUACCAUGAUGUGGAGAAGCUCUUUUCUGGCCGUCGCCUGCAAGACGAGGAUGUCAUCCUCAAGCUGCGUGACGAGAACAAGGAAGACUUUAUGAAGGUCAUUCAGAUUGUCCUCUCGCACAGCCGCGUCGGUUCCAAGAGCAACCUGAUUGUCGCCAUCCUGGACAGAUACCGACCCAACCAGCCGGCAGUGGGUAACAUUAGCAAGUACCUGCGACCUUGCCUGCGCAACCUCACCGAGCUCGAGGCCCGCCAGACUGCCAAGGUUUCCGUCAAGGCACGAGAGAUUCUCAUCCAGUGCUCCCUCCCCUCGCUCGAGGAGCGUACCGAGCAAAUGGCCCACAUUCUCAAGUCGUCCGUCAUUGAGAGCAAGUAUGGUGAGGCCGGCUGGGAGCACCGUGAACCCAGCUUUGACGUCAUUAGAGAAGUGGUUGACUCCAAGUACACCGUCUUUGAUGUCCUGAGCAGGUUCUUUGCCCACGAAGAUCCCUGGGUCUCUCUGGCUGCCCUCGAGGUCUAUGUCCGCCGUGCUUACCGUGCGUACAACCUGAAGCAAAUCUACUACCAGUCCGAUGAAAGCGACGCGCCCUCCUACCUGACCUGGGACUUUGCCUUUAGAAAGAUGGGCCAGCCCGAGUUGGGUGUGGCUGGCAACGCUGCCUACACCUCGGUUCCCCAGACCCCGACCCACGAGUACAGCUUCAAGCGCAUCAGCUCCAUCAGUGACAUGUCCUACCUCGACCGUCACACCUCCGAGGAGCCCACUCGCAAGGGUGUCAUUGCCUCGUGCAAGUACUUGGACGAUGCCGAAGAGUACCUGCAAAAGGUCCUCGAGUCGCUGCCCCACAAGAAGAACAGCCCCAAGAUGAUCCCCGACCUGAGCGGCAAGAGAAAGCCCGUCCGUUCCGAGACCCUUGACGAGCUCUCCAACGUUGUCAACAUUGCCAUUGCCGACGCAGAGUCCGUUGACGACAAUGACAUUCUCACUCGUCUCCGCGCCAUUGUGGAUGCCAACAAGUCUGAGCUUUUGGCUCGCCGCGUCCGCCGCGUCACCUUUAUCGCCGGCCACAAUGAUGGCUCUUACCCUGGCCACUACACCUUCCGAGGCCCCGAGUACCAGGAGGACGACAGCAUCCGUCACAAUGAGCCUGCUCUUGCCUACCAGCUCGAGCUGGGACGUCUCUCCAAAUUCAAGCUCUCGCCCGUCUUUACCGAGAACAAGAACAUUCACAUUUACGAGGCCGUUGGCAAGGGAGUCGAGACUGACAAGCGCUACUUUACCCGUGCCGUCAUUCGUCCUGGACGUCUUCGGGAUGAGAUUCCCACCACCGAGUAUCUCAUUUCCGAGACUGACCGCGUGAUUAAUGACAUUUUUGAUGCUCUCGAGAUUAUCGGCAACAACAACUCUGAUCUCAACCACAUGUUUAUCAACUUUACGCCCGUCUUUUCGCUGCAGCCCUCCGAGGUUGAGCACUCGCUGCAGGGCUUCCUGGACCGCUUUGGACCCCGCGGCUGGCGUCUGCGUGUUGCCCAGGUCGAGAUUCGUAUUAUUUGCACGGAUCCCGCCACUGGACUGCCCUACCCUCUCCGCAUCAUUGUGACCAACACGUCUGGUUACGUGAUCCAGGUUGAGAUUUACGCCGAGCGCAAGUCGGAAAAGGGCGAAAUGAUUUUCCACUCGAUUGGCGGUACCACCAAGAUUGGUGCCAUGCACUUGCUGCCCAUCACCACGCCCUACCCGACCAAGAAUGCUCUCCAGCCCAAGCGAUACAAGGCUCACUUGAUGGGAACCCAGUACGUGUACGAUUUCCCCGAGCUCUUCCGUCAAGCCAUCCAGAACAGCUGGGUCAGAGCCGUCAAGGCUCAGCCGGCUCUGGCCGAGAAGCAGCCUGCCCAGGGUGAGUGCAUUGACUUUAUGGAGUUGGUGCUCGACGACUCGGACAAGCUCGCCGAGGUUGCCCGUGAGCCUGGCACCAACACCUGCGGCAUGGUCGGUUGGAUGAUCAAUGCCCGUACUCCCGAGUACCCCCGUGGUCGCAAGUUCAUCAUUGUUGCCAACGACAUUACCUACAAGAUUGGUUCCUUUGGUCCCAAGGAGGACCACUUUUUCAACAAGUGUACCGAGCUUGCCCGUGCCCUCGGCAUUCCUCGCAUCUACUUGUCUGCCAACUCUGGUGCCCGUCUCGGCAUAGCUGAUGAGCUCAUUCCUCACUUCAAGGUUGCCUGGAACGACCCCAAGAGACAAGAGGCUGGUUUCAAGUACCUGUACCUUGACGAGGAGGCCAAGAAGAGGUUUGAAGAUGGUCCCACUCGUGAUGUCAUAACCGAGGAGAUUGUCGAGGAUGGUGAGAAGCGACACAAGCUUACCGCCAUUAUCGGUGCCGAGGAUGGUCUUGGUGUCGAGUGUCUGCGCGGCUCUGGUCUCAUUGCCGGUGCGACUAGCCGCGCCUACAAUGACAUUUUCACCGUCACUCUCGUCACCUGCCGAUCCAUUGGUAUUGGUGCUUACCUGGUCCGUCUUGGUCAGCGUGCUGUCCAGAUUGAGGGUCAACCCAUCAUCCUUACCGGUGCUGGAGCUCUCAACAACCUGCUGGGUCGCGAAGUGUACACUUCCAACCUGCAGCUUGGUGGUACCCAGAUCAUGUACAGAAACGGUGUUUCGCACAUGACUGCCAAUGACGACUUUGCUGGUGUUUCCAAGAUUGUCGACUGGUUGUCGUUUGUGCCUGCCUCGCGUAACCUGCCUGUGCCCAUUACUCCCAGCGUCGACUCGUGGGACCGUGAAUGCAUCUUUACUCCCCCAGGCAAGGCUCCUUAUGACGUGAGAUGGCUCAUUGGCGGCAAGCAGGAUGACGAGGGCUUCCAGCCUGGUCUGUUUGACAAGGACUCGUUUGUCGAGACCCUUGGCGGCUGGGCCCGUACCGUCGUGGUUGGUCGUGCUCGUCUUGGUGGUAUCCCCAUGGGUGUCAUUGCUGUCGAGACCCGCACCGUUGAGAACAUUACUCCUGCCGACCCUGCCAACCCCGACUCUGUGGAGCAGGUUGCCCAGGAAGCUGGUGGUGUCUGGUACCCCAACUCGGCCUUCAAGACUGCUCAGGCCAUCAACGACUUUAACAAUGGUGAGCAGCUGCCUCUCAUGAUUCUUGCCAACUGGAGAGGUUUCUCUGGUGGUCAGCGUGACAUGUACAACGAGGUGCUCAAGUACGGUUCGUACAUUGUCGACGCCCUCGUCAAGUACGAGCAGCCCAUCUUUGUCUACAUUCCUCCGUUUGGUGAGCUUCGUGGUGGAUCUUGGGUCGUCGUCGACCCUACCAUCAACCCCACGGCCAUGGAAAUGUACGCCGACGUCGAGUCUCGCGCUGGUGUCCUCGAGCCCGAGGGUAUCAUUGGUAUCAAGUACCGCAAGGAGAAGCAGCUCGACACCAUGGCCCGCAUGGACCCGACCUACGGCGCCCUUCGCAAGCAGGCCGCCGAUGCCAGCCUCUCCAAGGAGCAGCUUGAAGAGGUCAAGAGCAAGAUGAGCGUCCGCGAGAAGCAGCUCCUGCCCAUCUAUGCCCAGAUUAGCAUCCAGUUUGCCGACUUGCACGACCGUGCUGGUCGCAUGAAGGCCAAGGGUACCAUUCGACAGGAGAUUGAGUGGAAGAAUGCUCGUCGCUUCUUCUACUGGCGUGUGCGCAGAAGACUCAACGAGGAGUACAUUCUCAAGCGCAUGAUUGCUGCCGUCACCUCGCACAAGCCCAAGCUGGCUCACGACUCGGCAGCUUCCAGCAAGGAGCGCAGCAGACACAUGGAGCUGCUCGCCGCCUGGACCGGCAUUGCCGACUACGAGACCAACGACAAGGACGUUGCCACUUGGUUCGAAAAGGAGGCCGAGACCAUUACCACCAAGGUCAAGCAGCUCAAGAGCGAUGCCUCUGCUACCGAGCUGGCUGAACUGUUCCGUGGUGACAAGACUACCGCUCUCAAGGGACUCAAGGAGAUUCUGCACACCAUGCCAGUAGCCGAGCGUGAAGAGAUUCUCAAGUACCUCAAAUAG